AUGAGAGCUUCCGGACUAGUGCCAGAUGAGGAAGAUAUAGAAGCAGCAGGGCCAGAAAACAAGUUGACAUUAGACAACCUGGCAGAAGGGUUUCGAUUAUUCAAGACGGCGUUUGACUUCUUUUACAACAUGGACCCUUCUGUGAUCCGGGCACUGAGACUAAAGCAGGUGGUGGAAGAGGGAUUGGCUGCCCUCCUCAGAGCUGUGCCACGGUUGGCAGGCCCAGCUGCAUGGAGAAGGCCUGUCUGCAGGGUGUGGUGCCACCCUGGGCAGGAUCCUGGGAGGUGGGUGGGGAGCAGGACCCCCACCCUGAAGGAGAAGCCUGCAGGCACACAGACAGAGAAAUUCCAGAUGGUCUACCGGUUCGAUGCAAUCCGAGCCUUCGGGUACUUGUCCCAGCUGAAGGUGGCGCAGACGGCCCUGACGCUGCUGGCCCUGCCACCUGGCUUCUACUGGUACUCGCAUGGCCUCGUGACUCUCGGCUCCUUGUGCUUUGCGGGCGGGAUAGCUGGCUUCGCCCUGGCCAUGCUCUGCUGGAUGAGCCACUUCCUCCGGAGGCUGGUGGGUAUCCUGUAUGUGAAUGAGGCAGGCACCGUGCUGCGGGUAGCCCACCUGACCUUCUGGGGCCGGCGGCAGGACACGGACUGGCCCGUGGCAGAUGUGAUCCCCAUGACGGAGAGCAAGGACCGGCCCCAGGAGCUGUUUGUGCGCCUCCAGCAGUACAGCGGGAAGCAGACCUUCUACCUCACGCUGCGGUAUGGACGCGUCCUGGACAGAGAGCGUUUUACGCAGGUGUUUGGGAUGCUGGACACCCUCAAGUGA